GAGUAUUCUAUCCCCUUGAACCAGCUCCUCCUUUCCAAUGUUGCUCCCCGUUUGGCCGGGUCUCAAUUUCUGGUUCUGCCUCGGGAUCAUCUCGUCUCCAUCAUGGGUUUUCUCAUUCUUGGCCAUGGAUUUCGCGAAGAAAACCACCGGCCUCGUCUCCGUCGUCCUGAUUUUGGCAAUCGUAUUGUCAUGGUCCGCUAGCAACUUGGCGCUUUGGAAGUUCUAUUUCUCUUUGCGGAGAAAUCCAGAGACCGACCGUUUCUUCCGCGCUUACGAAGGUGCCGGCAAAACCAUCGGCUACGCGCUUCUGUUCUUCGGCAACGUCGGUCUCUACUACUUCUCCGAGAAAUCCGUUGCUUGCAUGCUCACUUUCCUCUCGCUUGCCGUUUACUGCCUCUGCGCUCUCUUAUGCAUCCAACCUUACGCGGAUUUCGGCGCCCUGGAGUUCCUCCUCAGUGCGAGUCUGAAUCAAGCAUUGAGUCUUUUCGGGCUCCAUUCGUCAUACUCGUGGCUCGUUAUAAUUGCGUGUAUUGUCAUAUCGGGGAUGCGGUACUGUCUGGAACCGGUGCAUCCCCCGGAGGAAGCGACGAGAGAUGAAAUCGAACUCGAAACAGGGCAAUUACCUGCCAAGACUCACAAAGAAGACCACCCUCCUCCUCUCCGGGCACGGCUGGCCGACGAUAAUCCCUCACCAUCGGGCAGUUUUCUUGAUAUUCUAGCUCUAAGCGGAUCGCCGGUUCCUUUUAGAAGGAGAUUUCAUUUGCCGCCGAAAUAUUCCGCCGAGGAGAGAGCAAACUAAUCCUCCCGAGGCCCGCUGUCAACGUGCACAUUAUCGAGCAUUCAUACUUCCCAUUCUGUUCAUGAACUAAACUAUCUGCACAGCUGAUUUCACUACCAAUUCCAGUUUUGGCCUUAAAACUAUGCCUACCCCUUCACUGUAAACCCAGAAAU